AAUCGUCUUGGAAAUAUGAAGACUCACAUGUUAGUGCAUUCGGAUGACAAACCUCAUGAGUGUACAGAGUGUGGAAAGAGAUUCAGUCGUCUUGGAGACUUGAACGCUCACAUGUUAGUGCAUUCUGGUGUCAAAGUUCAUGAGUGUCCGGAGUGUGGGAAGAGAUUCAGUCGUUUUGGAGAUAUAAAGAAACAUAUGUUAGUGCAUUCAGGUAUCAAACCUCAUGUGUGUCCAGAAUGUGGGAAGAGAUUCAGUCAGCUUGGAAGUAUGAAGACUCACAGGAUGGUACAUACGGGUGAGAGACCUUUUGAAUGUGCUGAAUGUGGCAAAACAUUUAGAAAACGUGGAACUAUUGUACUGCACAUGUUAGUGCAUUCAGGUGUCAAACCUCAUGAGUGUCCAGAAUGUGGAAAGAGAUUCAGGCAGCUUGGAAAUAUGAAGAGACACAAGAUGAUACAUUCAAGUGGUCCAGUGGCGCCAGAGGAGGUGGACCCGCGGGUGGUGGACGCGACCUGCUUGCGUCUCUACCAGCGACUGUGGGGGCUGGCAGUGAGCAAGUCCACCCACCAGCUCCACAGUGUCUUCACGCCAGCAGAGAGCAAGGCUCAAGUACACGGGCUCUCCAAGCUCCAGGACACUGACCAGGUUCAGGACCAGACCACUGACAAGGCCUACAACCCGGACACUGACCAGGCCCACAAGGCCAAUGACCAGUCCCACAACAAGGCCAGUGACCAGGCCCACAACAAAGUCAGUGACCAGGCCCAGAACCAGGCCAGUGACCAGGCCAUUGACCAGAUCCAGAACCAGGCCACUGACCAGGUCCAGAACGAGGCCACUGAUCAGGUCCAGAACCAGGCCAGUGACCAGGUCCAGAACCAGGCCACUGACCAGGUCCAGAACCAGGCCACUGAUCAGGUCCAGAACCAGGCCAGUGACCAGGCCCAGAACCAGGCCAUUGACCAGGUCCAGAACCAGGCCACUGACCAAGUCCAGAACCAGGCCAGUGACCAGGUCCAGAACCAGGCCAUUGACCAGGUCCAGAACCAGGCCACUGACCAAGUCCAGAACCAGGCCAGUGACCAGGUCCAGAACCAGGCCAUUGACCAGGUCCAGAACCAGGCCACUGACCAGGUCCAGAACCAGGCCACUGACCAGGUCUAGAACCCGGUCCAGAACCAGGCCACUGACCAGGUCUAGAACCAGGCCACUCACCAGGUCCAGAACCAGGCCACUCACCAGGUCCAGAACCAGGCCACUGAUCAGGUCCAGAACCAGGCCACUGAUCAGGUCCAGAACCAGGCAUUGACCAGGUCCAUAACUAUACCAGAGACUAUUUACAGUACAAGAUCAGUAACUAGGUCAUAGACUAUUUUCAGGACCAGACCACUGACCAGGUCAGUGACCAUUUUCAGACUAUUGUCCAGGUCCAGAACCAGGCCACUGACCAGGUCAGGCAGCCAGCCAGGGCUCCAGGUACCUUAGCGUAUCCAGUACUAUAUCCCUAGACCACGGGUUGUGGUGAGCCCGUAGUGGACUUACCUGGCUUAGGAGAGGGGCUGUAACUGCCGCUGAUUGACUGAUUGAUGAAGAAUAAGCUACCCAAGAAAUGGCAUGGGCAUGAAUAGCCCGUAAACUACUGCUGGAGAAAUCUAGACAUUUAUAAGUGUGGGUACACCUCACUCUACGAAUCAUCUACCCAUCCAAUCGUCCCCCCCAAUCGUCGGGAGCGGCGAAGGGUAGAGUGAGGUGAUUGGUGCCUGCCUCCGGCUUCUAGCGGUGUGCCAGAUCUUCCCUUCCCUCUGGAUCAAUGGAGGACCAUCGAACAGUUGUAUAUUCGAAGUCGAGUUCACCUGGAUGUUGAUUACAGGUAUCAGCUCCCAAAUGAACACAGCCUCAAGUGUAAGAAGCCUCCUACGAUCGUCGUGGCGCGUGAUUACUGUCGUAUAUUUCACUAUGUCUUGGCUAUUUUGAAUGGUGUUGUGGUGUUCCAAUAAAAAUUGAAAGAUUUA